AAUAAGGCUCAAUACCAUGAGUACUGGCUUGUCAACUUGGACUAAUACACAACCACUUCACGAAGCACAAAUGUACAAAAUCGAAAAACUGUUAAGAUAUUUGAUAGAAUAUGCGAUUUUUUUGUCAUUGGAUCUUUUUUAUAUCAGAAACCAUUUUCGAAAUGGUCAAUUAACACCAUAUCUUUCCAAGAUCUCAUGCCUGAAAAAACCCUUGGAACUGAAGGAUUUAUGAAGAUACAUGUACAACGAUAAUGACAGUCCUAAACCUACACGGUGUAGUGCAUACACACUCUUCUGGUGUCUAUAGAAUGGACACUUUGACUUGUUAUGAGACCAAAACAAGUUGAGUGAGUGAGUGAGUUAAUAUACCAAACACAAGUAUGCAUAACUUACUUACUGUUGCAUAGUUAACGUGCGCUUUCCUACAUAAGAAGAAAAACCCGUUUUAUAUCUGGUGCUAAUAGAAAGCUAAUAGAGCUGGUACCCCUAUUCAUUACACGGAUUUGUAUUCAAUUCCCACCGCUUCAUGUUAAGCCACACUGAGCUACGUCCCAUGAUUGGAAAAUGUUUCGUGCUCUGCAUUGGACAGAUAUAAGACUUUAUGCCUGAGCUUGCGUCGCGUAGCACCUGUAGAACCAGUUUUUGCCUUGCCGUCGGGUGUCGCUGGUGUUACUUAGCGAGGCAUGCUAGCGCUGCGGUGGAGCUUGCUUCUGCUAUCCUUCACGAGUGUGAGGAGCUUAUAAAAAGUUAUAUUUAGCACGGGUUUUUCCAGCUUCGUUGUAGAGGGUCUUGACUCUGGUUUCGUCCACACAUUUCUCCAUCAUACAACACAGUAAGAUGAUGAUGACGAGUUUGGUGCCAACUUAGAUUGAAGACCCUCAUGAAAGACAGGAAGUAGUAAAGAAUCUUCAAAGAUAGAGAUUAGAACGAUAUAUUCACUGGUUGAAUAUGGCCGAGAUGGAGAAAGGUCAAAGUGACACAGAUAGUGAAGAAUGUACACCAGCAAAUUGCAGGAGGAAAAGCAAUGAUGAGGACAACCCGCCUGGAACCACUGAUGGAUCAGGCAGUACUUCGGAGGAUGCAGGAAAUAAAGAUGUUGAUGAAGAGAGUGCUGACGAAUGUUUGUUUGGUGACAUGACAGAUGAAGAAGAGGGAGAUAAAAUCGAAGAUAUGUAUCAACUUGGAGCAUGUGCUACAAAGGUCAAAUUCCAGACUGUUCAACAACAGUCGUACCAACUUGUAGGUAAAGACACCACGGCACAACACAUUGUGGGAUGUUGUCAGCAACCACAGGGAGAAAUAGCGUCAACAUCACAGCAGGGGACACAACUCCAGCAAGCUUCAGCUGCUGGUGUUGAUCAGACAACAAGUCAGGCACAGUUGUCAACAACUACGUCUUGUGUAGUCCCCGAAACAACUGUUGUACAAGUCCCGAGAACAGCAGCACUGACACCAGCGUCCACAUCCUCUCUUCUACCCAGAAUACCAGGAUCUGUUGUAUCAGAGAUACAGUCAUCAGGGCUACCUGGGGUACCAGUGCCUGUGGAUUCUCCCGCAGUUGUCCAGUACAACAAUUUCUACGUACGGCAGAAUUUUGAGGAUGUGACAGUCAGGGGCGCCAGGAAUCUGAACUUUGGCGGAACCCAGAACAUUAGAGGAACACAGAACGAUUGUGCACCUCGGACCAACCAGGAAGAGGAGAAACAACUGACUGCAGCACAGAAGAUCAGGAAAAGAACAGAAUCCAGGAUACAGUUAUGGACUAAAGACAUGGUGGAGACAGAAGGCCUGCAGAAGGUGACAGACAAGCUAGACAGAGGAGCAACAUGGGUGACAAUUAAAGGAAGACCAGGAGAGGGGAAGUCUACAAUAGCCUACAUGGCUCUCAAAGAUCAGCACACUCAGGGGAGACAAGUGUAUCAGGUGGUGUCACCGGAGGAGUUCAAUGAGGUCAUAACGGCCAGCACUAACCCUGUCAUUAUGUUAGAUGACAUAUUUGGUGAUCUGGAAUUUGAUGUAGCAGAAUGGGCCAAGUGGAGACCAAGUCUACAACCUUUUGUGGAUGUGAAAGAUCCUGAUAAAUAUACAGAAAAAGAUUCCAUAGACAAGUCCACUAAUAUUGAAAAUGCUUCAAAGCGAACAAAAGAUGAGCAAACAGAGCUGAAAAGAACGGCGCCUAACAAAGACCAAACUAUCAUUAUCCUCGUAGGCCGUGAUUAUGUGUUGAAAUCCUCAUUGUCAGACUUGGGAAAGAUGGCAGAUUACAUAUCUAGUCCCCUGUAUGUGGUGGAAGUUUCUUCUCUGAGAGACUCUUGUGAACGAAGGAAGAUUUGGCAUGUUCAUGUCAAAACAAAGACAAAGAUGGACUUUGAUGAGUCAACUGUGUCUCAGAUAUGUCAGGCGGACUGUCCACACGGCUUUCCCCAUAUAUGUAAAAUGUUUGUCGCAACAUAUGGAAAGGAUCAGACGCAACCUUCAGCAGAGACUAUUUUAGAUUUUUUAAAAAUGCCUCUUGUGUUCCUCAGAAAGACUUUGUAUAAAUUUCUUAAGGAUAAGAUAAAGCGUUCACUGUUCAUGGCUAUGAUUAAAAGAGAUGGGAAGGUUAGUGGACAGGAGUUGGAGGAGGAUGAUAAUCUUGCGUAUGAAAGCAUAACAGCUGCUGAUGAUUUGGUUGGAUCUUAUCUCAAGAAGGAAGAUGACACAUACAUGUUUGACCAUCCCUCUAUAUAUGACAGUGUUGCUUUAAUACUCAGUACAAAACAAUCAAAGUUUGUCAUCGAAAGUUGUAGUUUGUCAUUCAUCCAUCAGCGACUUCGUAUUAAACCAUCCACAAGACAAGGGGAAAAUGUUCCUAGUGAGACAGGUCUUGUUGCAAAUAUCUCAUGGACCUUUGCUGGACAUUUAGCCAGAAGAUUUGCAACUGAAAUUGAGAGACGCAAUUUGUUGCAUGUCUUAUCGCACCAGGCAUGUUGUAAUUCAGAGUUUAUUGACUUGCUCAUGGACUGUCUGAAGACAAACUGUCACAUGUCUGUUCCUGAUCUUCUGAAACUAGUUGAUAAUUCUUCAAGACAAUACGUUAUAAGAGACGAGUCACAUUCAUUUUUGAAAUUGCUUUCAAGCAACAAGUCACAUCAUCUAAUCAAAUUUAUUAUGGAGAAAGAAAACAUAUCAUUCAGCCAAAGUGAAAUGCGUGACAUUUUACUUGGGGUGUGCAAGAAUGCUGCUUGUAGUGUAUUGACCUACAUCAGUGAACACAUGAAGCUUGACAUGGAUGCUAGAUAUGGUCGGCUUAAUGUAACUCCGAUCAUGUUAGCAGCAGAAACCAAAAACAGUGAGUUUGUCGAUCAGAUUCUGGCCCUUGCCCCUGACCUGAAUGCAUGCAAUAAACUAGGAGAUACUGUCUUUCAUUACCUUUGCAAGUAUGGCCUUACAUCAGCCGUGGAAAAAGCAAUUAACACGGGUGUGGAUGUCAAUGUGCAUCGUGUAAAUGGUGACCCUUUGUACCUUGCCAUACAAAAUGGUCACUUAGGGGUGGUGAAACUGCUGGUGAAAACAGGAUUUGAUCUGGAUAACCAGAAAGGUCUUAGAUUUGCUUCUAUGAGCCAGAACAAGGACAUGCUAGACUUUCUUUUAGACAGAGGAGCACAGGUUGAUGGUGAUGUUGUAAACAGUGCUUGUGAGGUGGGGAACUUGACUAUGGUCAAAAUGUUAUUUGAGAAGGGUGCUACUGUUGACAUGAUGUCAUCUAAUGGAGAAACUCCUCUUCACAGCUCAUGUAGACGACAGUCAGAUGUUAUGUCAUUUCUGCUGGCGAAAGGAGCAAGUGUGAAUCAACUUUCAUCUGAUACAGGUGACUCACCACUUCAUAUAGCAGCAUAUGAGGGACAUACAGUGUGUGUCAAUGUCUUACUGAAGGCCGAGGCUGAUGUGAAUGUACAGAAUAAUACAGGUGACACACCACUUCAUACAGCAGCAGAUGAAUUCUUUAGAUCUACAGAGUGUGUUGAAGAGUUACUGAAGGCAGGGGCUGAUAUGAAUGUACAGAACAAUACAGGUGACACGCCACUUCAUAAUGCAGCAGUGUGGGGAUCUACAGAGAAUGUUGAAGAAUUACUGAAGGCCGGGGCUGAUGUGAAUGUACAGAAUACUACAGGUGACACGCCACUUCAUAAUGCAGUAGUGAGGGAAUCUACAGAGAAUGUUGAAGAGUUACUGAAGGCCGGGGCUGAUGUGAAUGUACAGAAUACUACAGGUGACACGCCACUUCAUAAUGCAGUAGUGAGGGAUUGUACAGAGAAUGUUGAAGAAUUACUGAAGGCCGGGGCUGAUGUGAAUGUACAGAAUAAUACAGGUGACACACCACUUCAUGCAGCAGCAUUGUUUGGAUCUACAGAGAAUGUUGAAGAGUUACUGAAGGCCGGGGCUGAUGUGAAUGUACAGAAUACUACAGGUGACACGCCACUUCAUAAUGCAGUAGUGAGGGAAUCUACAGAGAAUGUUGAAGAGUUACUGAAGGCCGGGGCUGAUGUGAAUGUACCGAAUACUACAGGUGACACGCCACUUCAUAAUGCAGUAGUGAUGGAAUCUACAGAGAAUGUUGAAGAGUUACUGAAGGCCGGGGCUGAUGUGAAUGUACAGAAUACUACAGGUGACACGGAACCUCAUAAUGCAGCAGUAAGGGAAUCUACAAACUGUGUUGAAGCGUUACUGAAGGCCGGGGCUGAUGUGAAUGUACAGAAUACUACAGGUGACACGCCACUUCAUGCAGCAGCAGCAGCAGCAGGGUGGGGAACUGCAGAGUUUGUUGAAGAGUUACUGAAGGCUGGGGCUGAUGUGAAUGUACGGAAUAAUAGAGGUGACACGCCACUUCAUGCAGCAGCAGCAGAAGAAGGGUGGGGAUCUGGGGAGUCUGUUGAAGUGUUACUGAAGGCCGGGGUUAAUGUGAAUGUACAGAAUAAUACAGGUGACACGCCACUUCAUGCAGCAGCAGCAGCAGCAGCAUGGUGGGGAUCUGCAGACUAUGUUGAAAUGUUACUGUUGUCCGGGGCUGAUGUGAAUGUACUGAAUAAUACAGGUGACACACCACUUCAUGCAGCAGCAGCAGGAGCAGGGUGGGGAUCUACAGAGGGUGUUGAAGGGUUACUGAUUGCCGGGGCUGAUGUGAAUGUACAGAAUAAUACAGGUGACACGCCACUUCAUAAAGCAGCAGUGAGGGGAUCUACAGAUUGUAUUGAUGUAUUACUGAAGGCUGGAGCUGAUGUGAAUAUACAGAAUAAUACAGGUGACACACCACUUCAAAAGCAGCAGUGAGGGGAUCUACAGAUGUACUUCAACAUGUUCGUCUAGCUUCUAUAGACUCCCUGAUGUAAUGUACAGAAUAUAGUGUGAAUGUAGUGUAGUUGCAACCUUCAACAUGUUCGUCUAGCUUCUACAGACUCCCUGGUAUAAUGUACAGAAUAUAUUGUAAAAGUAGUGUAGUUGCAGCCUUCAACAUGUUCGUCUAGCUUCUAAAGACUCCCUGGUCUAAUGUACAGACAAUAGUGUGAAUGUAGUGUAGUUGCAGCCUUCAACAUGUUCGUCUAGCUUCUAUAGACUCCCGGGUGUAAUGUACAGAAUAUAGUGUGAAUGUAGUGUAGUUGCAACCUUCAACAAGUUCGUCUAGCUGAUAGACUCUCGGGUGUAAUGUACAGAAUAUAGUGUGAAUGUAGUGCAGUUGCAACCUUCAAAAUGUCCGUCUAGCUUCUAUAGACUCCCUGAUGUAAUAUAGAGGAAUAUAGUGUGAAUGUAGUGUAGUUUCAAC